AUGGCACCUCUUCUCUACUUACUGUUGACCAUUGUUAUUGCAAGUAUUGGAGCCGUUUGGUUCUUCUUAAAGUCAUCUUCUUCAUCCAAGGAAAACAAACAAUCUUCGGAUAACGAUAAGAACAAACAACCAACCACCUCCUCUGACAACAAGAAAACUAGCAAAUCUACUAAAACAACAACCAUUGAUGAUCAUACUACUAGUAAGAAAGACUCUCAAAAAGAAGAGCCUCUAAGAAAUGACAUGGAUGACAAGAUAACGGAAAAUUUGUCCAACCAAAACGACCAACAACAAGUGUUGCACCAACAAUCAACGGGCACACAAAAUGAGAAUCAUCAACAAGAGGGUUCAAACAACAACAACAACCCAAGCACACAAAAGAUCAUUGAUUCAAACAACAAUGAUGUCGCUUCACAUAAUGCCAUCGAUACGACUUUAUCAACUCCGAUCCAACAAGAGCAACCGACGAAAGAAGAGGAACUCGAGCUCAUAAACAAGCAAUUGAACUCGAUUGAAAUUCUUCAAGCAUUGUGCAAUGGUGUCAUGGAACGAAACACACACCGAAAAGCAAUUUCCAUGUUAAAAGCAUGGUCUCAAUCAAAAACGGUUCGAAAUGCAAUGGUCACUAGUAAGAGACAACUUGUAAUCAUUCAAUCAUGGGCUCGAAGAUUGAAAGCUAAAAAAAGUUUCGAUCAUUCACAGAGUUCUGUGAAUACCAUUCAGGCUGCAUGGAGAUCCAAGUUUGAAACCGUUCAAAAAACAAAACAAGAAGAAAAGGUCAUUCGUAUUCAAAACAUGAUGAAAACCAAACAAGCGACAUUGGAAAUGAGAAAUGCUCUUGAAAAUAUUGUGAAAUGUCAAGCUCAAUUACGUGAACGAUUGACUCGAAAACAAUUGAGUAAGGAAUUGGAAAAUGUGGAAAAAAUUGAAGCUUUGGCCAAGAGACGAAUUGAGGAAUUGAAAAUUCACAAAGUUUUAAAUGCCACCACACGCGUACAAUCGCUUGCAAAACAAUCAUUGCAAGAAAAAAAGUUCCAUCAAAGUAUGGAGGAUAUUCACAUGUUGCAAUCACUUUUUCGAGCAGCUCUUGCUGAAAAGAAACAUGUACAAUAUUUAGAUUCUACAUUGAAAAUUCAAGCUCUCCUAUUGCGUCAACAACAAGUGAAUCAUUUUUCACAAUUGCGAAACCAUAUUAUUUUACUUCAAUGUGCUUGCGAAGCCAAGUUGAAAAGAAAUAAUAUUGAAGAACAAGCGAAAAGUGCAUUGACUAUUGAUGCUCUCUAUCAUGCAAAGCGAGAAUAUGAAAAGUUUUUGGCUCAAAAAGAGGCCAUUUCAAUGUUCCAACAAGCAUGUCGUGGACUUUUACAACGACAAUCGAUUCAAGAAUCUAAGGAGAGUCUUGCCAAGUUGCAAUCAUGGAUCAUUGGAAAGAUUGUACGAAAUACUCAGCAAGAACAACACGAGAAGAUUGUGAAAUUGACUGCUUGUGUGAAAUCUAGAUUGGAUCGUCAAGAUUUUAACCGUGCAAGAAAACAAGUCCUUGCUCUUCAAUCUUUGAUUCGAGCCAUUCUUGCAAAAGAAGCGACCGGUAAAAUGCAACAGGAGCAAACCAUAGUAGCCUCUCUCAUUCAAGCUAUGAAUCAGAAACGUUUGGUAUUUUCGAAUUUCAAUGCAAGCAAAUUCAAUUCGACAGUAAUUGGUGCAUGCUAUAGAGGAAUAUCUCAGAGAAAGGAAUUCGAAAAUUGUAUCCACAAGUCCAUUGUUCCAUUGCAAGCACUUGGUAGAAGAUUCUUAGACAUGAAGAAUAGAAACAAACUCGGAAACUUGAUGGAUCAAGUCUCACAAGUUCAAGCUCUUGUUAGAUCGAAAAAGUGUCGCCAAGAUGUUGAGCAUGAUAUCCAAAAGUUGCAAGUAAUCCAGGCAUUGAUCGUUGCCAAACGUGAACGGUCUUCUUUGCAUUCGAAAUUGUCACUCUUGAGCAUGCUGUCUUCCAAAUCAAGGGCUGAAUUGAACAGAAAACAAUUACAUAGUAAUUUCACACGUGUGAACUUUUUGAAUACUCUUUCAAGACGCUACAUUGAAAACAGAAAAUUUAAUAAUCUCAUGAAUUCUCUCACACUCUUACAAUCUCGCUCUCGUGCCUUCAUUGAACAACGGAAUUUGAAGACACAGAUCAUGAAAAUCCAAUUAUGCCAAGCUUUAUGUAUGGGAGGUCUUGGAAGAAAGAUUCUCCAAGAAGAGAAACAAUUAAUUAAGGAAAAUGAAUUGAAACAAGUCAUGGAAAGCACCACACAGUUACAAGCAUUCAUUCGAGCACAAGUUGUGAAGCGUCAACAAAGACAUGAAUUACAACGUGUAAUUUCCUUGCAAUCUUUGUUGCACGGACUUGUUGCAAGAAAGUAUUUACAAGGUCAACAUGAACUGUCCACAGCAAUUCAAUCCCAGUACAGAGCCAUGCAAAGUCGUCACAAUUCCGUCAAGGCUCUCACAUUUGUCACACAUUUACAAUGCAAUGGCCGUAGAUGCGUUCAAGAGAAGCAUGUCAACAAGAGUCGUGAAAGAACCAUCACUGUUCAAGCUAUGGUAAGACAUUAUUUGUGUUCUAAAACUAUGAAUGCAAAUAUGAAGGCUGUAGAAUGUGUUCAAGCAAGAGGCAAGAGUGUAUUGACACAAAAACAAUUACAACAAUCUCUUCAAAGACUUGUCACUUUGCAAUGUCUAAUGAGAUGCUUCAAAAACAAACACAAUCAAAUGCAAAAAUUGAAUCGAGCACGAGUAUUAAGUUCUCUGAUUAGAGCCCAUCUCUCACGCCAACAAUUGAACUUGGAAUUGAGAGACCUUGUUCAAAUUCAAGCACUGAUUCGAAGCCAUGUGCUGCAACAAGAACAACGAACAUGCAAUUCUACCACUCGAAUGGCACAAGCAAUGAUUCGUGGAAUUCAAGAAAGACGUUCACAACGUAGGAGCAAAGAAUCCAUCGAUCUCAUUCAAGCACUCGCAAGAAGAUACAUUGCUCAAACAGAGUUGACUCAUUGUGUGUCACAAUUAUCAAAAUUGACAUCCAAGUUAAUGUCUACCCAUUGCAGAAUACUCAUGACUCGAGAAUUGCAAGACAUUUCAAUGAUGCAAUCAUUGGCAAGAUCCACAAAAUUACGAAUUGAAAAACAACACCAAAUGGACCAAAUUACUCAACUUCAAUCAAGAGCAAGACAAGAAAUGAGCUCUAAACAUUUACUUGUCUCACUUCAAGCCAUUCAUACCAUACAAUCUGCAUUCCGUGCGAAACAACAACGAGAUCAUCAUUCCAAACUCCAAACACUCGUUCAAUGUGUGCGCGCAUGCUUCAUUUCUACUCAAUCUCGUCAACAAUUCAAGCAAUCUCUUGAACAUAUUGUUUCCAUGCAAUGCCUCCUUCGACGACACCAUUCUUCUCAAAUCCAAUCAAACAAGAUGUUGACACAAUUUGUGACCUUACAAUCGCUCCUACGUGGCAGUCAUGAUCGAAUUCAAUCUCGCCACACCAUGUACGCUCUUUCACAAGUUCAAAGUAUUCUCAAAGGAACACUUUCUCAACACAACUACUGGAGUGAUUGGCAACGAGUAUUCCUUCUUCAAGCUCGUCUUCAAUCAUUGAAAUGUCAAAGAAAAUUCCAUGCACUCAAAGAACGAGCAUCCUAUUUCCAAGAACGAGUCGAUCAAGUGUCUCUCUUACAAGGUUUCAUUCGAGGAUUUUUAUAUCGAAGAGAUGAUUUAUUAUAUGUGAGUAGCAGACAUAAGAAUGCUGCUGGUUCGAGUGUGAUGGUUCCAUCGACUUCGGAUAUUUUACGUCAACUCUAUGACGAAGAAGAAGAAGAAGAAUAUUAUGAAGAAGCACAUUCGGAUGAAGAAGAACUUGAUGGUCAAGAUUUGGAACAUUUAUCAAUUUCACAGAAUGAACCACAGGACGACCAUUCUUCAACUGUUCUCACUGAACACACUCAACACGAUGAUCAUGCCAUUUUAACAAAUAAUCAUCACCAUCUUGAAGAGACACAUCCAACCUUAGAAGAAUCACAAACAUCCAAUGCCAUGUCCAGCAUUGUUGGAGAUUCUCAUCAAGCAAAGAAUGGAGAGGAUGAUGGUCUUCAUCUCAACAUGCCCUCCACGAGCAGUAAUGUUUUGUCCUCUUCGAUGGAAUCUACUCCUUCAGUUCUCACUUCAAGUACCAAUCAUUUCCACAAAAAGUCUCAAUCCAUUACUUCUGUCUUCCCCACGAAACUACAAGGAGAUCAAAACACUUCCACAGGCAAUAAGAAUCAACAAGCACCUCAUCAGAGAAGAGACCGAAGAAAUUCUGCAUUCCUCAACUUGAAUGCAAAACCAAUUCAAAAAAGAAGUCAAGUUCACAAACUCAUUGAUGAAUGUAUUCGAAACAAAUCUUCAACAUUGGACAUCUCUGGUUUGGAUUUAGAUACCAUUCCAUAUGCUGCUAUUGAUUGCAAACAUGUGACAUCCUUACGAGUUGCAAAUAAUAACUUGGCAACCUUACCUUCUUGGUUUUCUGAAACAUUUAAAAACGUUACUGAUUUAGAUCUUCAUGGAAAUCAGCUGUAUGAGCUACCCAUUGAUUUAGCACAGUUACCUCUUCGUAAAAUUAACAUUAGUCAAAACAAGUUUGAAUUUAUACCUCAACAAAUUGUGGAAAUGAAAUCUAUAGAAAAGAUGGACCUCAGUGGAAAUGUAUUAUUGAGCUUACCUACAACCAUUAGUCAUUUGGAAAAAAUUGAAGAGUUGAAUAUUUCUGAAAAUUGUUUAAUGACUCUUCCUGAAGAUAUGAAAGAAUUGAAAAGUCUCAAAUUUUUCAAAUAUGACAACAAUCCCUAUUUACAAUCAGAAAUUUCAAGAAUUGCUGAAAUUGCCUCUGCCAUUACCGGUGAGAAGAGUAAGACCAUUGUUCAAAAAUUGAGAAAUACUGACACCUUGGGAUAUAAGGAAAUUGUCACAAAACCAAAAGACAAUGUGUAUCUUGAUCCUUAUGGCGAUUUGACAGAUUUAUCCGAUGCCACUGAAAUGUACAAUGAUGAAGAGCAAGAAUCUGACUAUACCAUGGCUGAGGAAGGUAAUCUCUCUCCAAGAGGAAAUAAUCAAUCACUGGCAAACAUGUCAGCAUCUUUGGACACACCAACCACUCCACCCACUCGAAUCAAUCAUCAUUCUGAUCGAAACGAUCAAUUAGAUUCUGCAAUUUCCUCUCAAUUGACUGUUCCUUCGACCAACGAUCAAACCAUCUCGGAUACAGAUUCUGAAGAUUUGAGUACAACACCUCCAAAAUAUGUUCCACAAAUUGCCAUUCCAAAAAUUACAUUGGAUGCAAUUCAGAAUCAAUCGUUGGAUUCUCCUGGAACGAACUCUGCUGAAAUUUCUCCUCAAUCUGUGCCAUCGUAUGAAGAUUCACAGAAACGAGUCUUUGGAGUGUUGUCAAAGGAGGGAAAUGAAAGAACUUACUCGGAAGUGGUUCAUAUGGAUCAACCCUUAUUCCAUGAUCAUAUGGCCAAUUCACACAAAAAGAAGAAGAAUCGACCCAAAUCGACCUCAUAUCAAAAACGAUCGAGUGUUGAAGAUUUAGAUGAAGAAUUAUCAGAUCACCAAGAUGUUGACAAUGAAGAAGACGAAUUAUUGGAUGAACACGAAAGAGAAUUGAAAGAAGCAAAGAAAAUUAAGGAAAGAAUUAACAUGGUUCUUGAAAUUUUAGAAAGUGAACGAAAAUAUGUGAAAUAUUUGGACGUGUUGUGGGAUUUGUUCUAUGAUCCGAUUGUGAAUAAUCAUUUUCCACAUGAUAAGGUGAAAACUCCUGAUGAAUCAGAGCGUCUUGUUCCCAAAUCUAUUGCUAAAUCAUUUUUCCCUCAUGAUUUACUCACGAUCAAGACGUUUAACAAGAAUUUCCUUUCCAAAUUGGAAGAACGAUUCAAAAUUUAUAGAGAUGAUCCUACGAAAAUCUAUGACAUGAUUAUUGGUGACAUGUUUAUCAAAAUUUCACCAUUUUUCAAAAUUUAUACUUCCUAUCUCAGUUCUUAUGAAAGUUGCAUGACCAAAAUUAGAGAUUAUCGACAACAUGAUACUCGAUUUGACAAGUGGCUUGACAAACGCAAAAUGCAUCCAAAAGCAGCUGGUUUAGAAAUUGGUUCUUUCAUGAUCAUGCCUGUACAAAGAAUUCCACGUUAUUUACUCUUAUUGACCAAUCUUUUCAAAAACACACCUGAAAAUCAUGGCGAUUAUUCAAAUUUAAUGAGCGCCAUUGAAACUGUGAGUGAAUCUGCAUCGACACAAAAUUCCAAAAUUAAGGAAACCAAUAAUAGAAUUAAGGUCUAUCAAUUAUCUAAACUCAUGAAUUUGAGUGAUUUGGUACAACCUCAUCGACGAUUGGUUCGUGAAGGAGAAGUCAUCUUUGGUGACAAUCCACGAAUUGAAUGGAAAAUGUAUCUCUUCAAUGACUUGAUUUUAUUUAGAGAAAAGAAGAGACAAAAGACAAAGGUUUCAAAAAUUGUUAAAGCAUACUCUCUAUUAGAUGCUUACAUUAGUGGAGGUGGACAAAAUCGAUUGACCAUGGUUUUAACCAAUGCAGACACGAAUCGAAGAACUGAAAAGGAAAUUUUCUUUUCUUCACUCGAAGUGAAAAUGGAAUGGGUCGUUGAAAUUGAAAAAGCUCUCGAAGAAGUGAAUGAAAAGAGAGAAUUCAUGUCGAAAGGAUCGAAAUCAGUCGUGAGAACGAGUGGUCGAGCUGGAAGAAUUUUCAGAGCUCUCAAAUCUCCAAAACGAGAUUCUCCACACAUGCACACUUCGAGUUCCAUGUCUGAACUCAGUCGAAGUAAUUCCACCAUAUCUGCCUCUUCGAAUCUUAGUUUGAUUUCAACUCCGACAGGUUCUUCAAUGUCAACUGGAAAUUUAAUAUCGACACCUCAAACUCCAUCAGCAUCUUCGUCGUCCUUGUCCAGUUCGGUAUCUUCCUUAUCAUCGUCCUCGCAAACACCAACAACCAAAUCAAAGAAGAAAUCAAUUUUAGGAAAAUUAUUUGGAGGAUUAAAGAAGAAAGCAAAAGAGGGUAAAGAAAAAGAUGUUAAGGAAUAA